AUGAAUUCUAAUGUUGACGAUUCAUUGUGGAAAUGCGAGGCUGCGCAUCAAAGCUCCUCGAGUCAAGAUACACAUGGAGAUUUACAUGUCGUAUCCCAACACGCCAUAGGACAUUCACAAACCAACAAUAUCCGAGUCAUGAGGGUUGCUGAUGCUAACCGCGCAGAUACUGCAAAUAAAGGACCAGGGCUCACAAAAGGAAAUACCAAGAGUCGAUGUAAACAGAGUUGCUUCUACGAGUAUAGACAAGGACACCCCAUUCAGAUGAUGAAGACAUUUCGAGUCGGAACAAACUGUCUCCAAGCAUGUGAUUUCCGUCAAGGUCCCGCUGCUUGUUGUCGGAUAUAA